AUGGAACAGGGCCACGCGCCAGAUCCUCCUGCUCCCAGCCCCUGUCCUCCCCAAGAAGAAAUGAUAACCCUUGGCCCUCCAGCGACUCCACUUCCUGAUCCAGUCCCUGCUGAACUACCACAGUGUGACCCCCAGCCCCCUUCAGCCUGGCCCAGUGCCUCUGACGGGCCUCCAGAGUCCGCUCCUGCCCUAAACCCUGAUGUGGCCUCCAUCUCAUGUCCCGUCUUGGGUCCUGAUGGGGCUCCAUUGGCGGUCCCUGAUAUGACCCCUCUUACGGGCCCUCCUCUUGGCCCUCAGGUGCCUUCAGGGCCUUUAGUUCUGCCCGUCUUUACAAAGAACCCCAACUGCAAGAUCAUGACGUUCAGACCAACCAUGGAGGAGUUCAAGGACUUCUCCAAAUACAUCGCCUACAUGGAAAGUCAAGGAGCUCACCGUGCGGGUCUGGCUAAGGUGAUUCCCCCUGAAGGAUGGAAACCCAGAAAGAAUUAUGAAACGAUUGAGGAAAUGGUAAUUCCAUCUCCCAUCACUCAAGUGGUUACCGGCCAGUCCGGUCUGUUCACGCAGUACAACAUCCAGAAGAAGUCCAUGACGGUCGGAGAAUAUCGCAAGCUCGCCAAUAGCAAAAAAUACUGCACUCCUCGCCACAAAGACUUUGACGACCUCGAGAGAAAGUACUGGAAAAACCUCACUUUUGUCUCGCCAAUCUACGGGGCGGAUGUCAGUGGCUCCAUUUAUGAUGAGGGUGUCCAUGAGUGGAACAUUGGUCAUCUUAACACCCUUCUGGACAUGGUGGAACAGGAGUGUGGCAUCGUCAUUGAAGGGGUCAACACCCCAUACCUGUAUUUUGGAAUGUGGAAAACAACGUUUGCCUGGCACACUGAGGACAUGGAUCUCUACAGCAUCAACUAUCUGCACUUUGGGCAGCCAAAGUCCUGGUACACCAUUCCUCCUGAACAUGGAAAGAGGCUGGAGAGACUGGCCCAAGGAUUUUUCCCAGGCAGCUCUCAAGGCUGCGAUGCUUUUCUUCGCCACAAGAUGACGCUAAUUUCACCGUCCAUCCUGAAGAAAUACAGCAUCCCCUUUGACAGGAUUACUCAAAAUGAGGGAGAGUUCAUGGUCACGUUCCCCUAUGGGUAUCACGCUGGAUUCAACCACGGUUUCAAUUGUGCAGAGUCCACAAACUUUGCCACUCUGCGGUGGGUGGAUUACGGCAAGAUGGCUACACAGUGUUCCUGCCGAAAGGACAUGGUCAAGAUUUCCAUGGAUGUGUUUGUGCGCUGCCUGCAGCCUGAUCGCUAUGAGCUGUGGAAACAGGGCAGAGACACCACUGUAGUGGACCACCUGAAGCCCACGGAGCUGGACAGUCCUGAACUGGAUGAAUGGAGGAAAAGCCGUGUGGCGUACAAGGCUAUUGCUCUUCGCAAGGCAUUGCAGAAGAUGAAGCAGUUCAGACGGCUCAAGCUUGAGGAGGUGAAGCUUUUGGCAGAAGAAGGAAUAGAGAUGGACUCUGCGACUUACAUGAAACAAGUGGAAGAGCGCGAGGCCCAGCGCAGACAGGAGCGUGAAGAGCGGCUCACCAGAGAGGCCAUGCUGACCCUGGAGGCCAUCGAGCUGAAGGAGCAGGCUGCAGCCAGAGCAGCAGAGGCCAUUCACGAAGUUGAGUUAAAGAAUGAAAUGAAGCAGCAGCGGAAAAUGGCACAUCUCCAAAGCGCUAUCACUGGGUUUGAGGAAGAGUUUCAGGCAUUUGCUAAAUCUGGCUUUACAGGCCUCGACCUGAGAGACGAAAUUGAGGACGUAAAUAAUCCUCCGUCAAGUUUUCCCAACAUCCAAAUGCCAACGGAGGUGAAGAAAAGCCGACGCCACCCACUGAGCAAGCCCCCGAUGCGGUCGCCGUUAUCUAUUGUGAAACAGGAACUGACCAGUGACAAAGAUUUCCCAUCUCAUAUGUCACUGGACAAUGGGAUGAAGAAACAACAGCACCUAUGGCAGAAUGUUUCGCCAAACUUCCUGACGGAGAAAAACUUCAACUCUGCCGUGUCAGGACUCGGCCCACACUGUGCGGUCUGCUCCAUGUUCUGUCCCUAUAUGAAGCCCGGAAAACAUCCUUCAAGAGAUCAUUUAAAAACCCUUGGGACCAGAACUCGCCCGAUUGUUCCGGAAAUGUGUUUUAGUGCUGGAACAGAGAACACAGAGCCUCUACCCACAAAUUCUUACAUCGGAGAGGACGGCACCAGUCCUCUGAUUGGCUGCUCGUCCUGCCACCUUCAGGUUCAUGCCAGCUGUUAUGGUGUGAAGCCGGACUCUGUGAGCGAUAACUGGAACUGCUCCCGGUGUGCAGCUGGUGAAUUUACUGUGGAGUGCUGUCUGUGUAACUUAAGAGGAGGUGCUCUGAAGAAAACCACUGACAAUAGGUGGGUCCAUGUGAUCUGUGCCAUAGGCGUGGCUGAGGCCCGCUUUGUCAACGCUCUUGAACGUGAACCAGUGGACGUCAGUGCUGUCCCUGAAAAACGCAAGAAUCUGACUCCGGCGGUUCCCAAAGGUCCGCAGGGUCCGUCUCUGGGGCAGCGGGUGAUCGGGCGCAACUUAGACGGCUGGUUCUAUCACUGUGACAUCAUCGGCACGGCAACCCAGACUCUCUUUGAAGUCAACUUUGAUAAUGGUUCCUACUGUGACAACCUGUACCCCGAAAGCAUUCUGAGCCAUGACUGUUUGCAAAACGGGGCCCCGGAUAAAGGCGAGCUGAUCGUGGUCAGCACGGCCGACGGACAAAUCCUGAACGCCUCCUUUAUAAGAGAGCACAUUCAUAAGUUCUACCAGGUGGAGUUUCAGGACCAGAGUCAGCUGAUGCUCAAACACCAUGAGAUCUACACCCUGGAACAAGACCUACCCAAACGAGUCCGCUCCAGACUGGCAAUACUUGCGGCGCCACCCCCCCCUCCAGACGACAGCAUCGCAGCCAAACGCCGCCGCCUUCCCUCCGGUUCCACAGCCUCCAGUUCCUCUGCCUCCGGUUCCACUGCCUCCGCCUCCAGCCCUGAGGUCGCCAUGGAAACUACGCCGCCUCCCACGAUGCCAACAAAGCCGCCACCCCCUCUCGCAGCCCCCAUCAACCCCGCCCACAUGCCCCUCUGCUUGGCCCCCCACAGUGUUACCUCACCCAGACAGACCCAGCACGGCCCAGCUCUGCUUCCCCCACACAUGUCCGCUCAAACGGCCGCUCAGUACGGCGCUCUGGACACACGGGCGCCACCCUCGGACGCGCUCGCAGAGUCUAACCUGGUGUUGGACCCCACCACGGCACAGCAGGCCACGCCCUUUCAGGCCACGCCCCUUCAGGCCACACCCUUUCUUGCCACGCCCCUUCAGGCUCCUUUGAACUCAGACCCGCUGCUGUCCGCGCCCUCGCCGUCUCUACCCUCUCAGCAUUUGACCUACUCCCUGAGCUCCAACUACGUGACGUACAUGGAGAACCUCCUCAAUGCAAGUUUCCCUCAGGAAGACAACGCCGGCCCCUUGUAUUAA